UUGUGUUUCUAUAUUCAUUUUAAGGGUUGUGAUAUAUCUAUAUGUUAAUCCACAUCUUUUUUAUUAGUUUCUUUCUGCAUUUUUUGCCAAAAGAAUUGUCCUUUCUUUGAAUUCUUGGAUACCCAUUUUUCAAAAAAAGCUCAGUUUUUGCAAUUUAAUGCUUAAAAAAAUGACCUUUCUUUGAAUUCUUGGAUAGCCAUUUUUCAAAAAAGCUCAGUUUUUUUUUGCAUUUUAAUGACCAAAUAAAUAGCCUUUCUCUGAAUUCUUGGAUACCCAUUGUUAAAAAGAUUCAAUUUUUGCAAUUUAAUACUCAAAGAAUGGCCUUUUUUUUGAAUUCUUGAACACCCAUUGUUAAAAAGAUUCAAUUUUUGCUAUAUAAUGCUAAAAAAAAUGGCUUUUCUUUGAAUUCUUGGAUUCCCAUUUGUGAAAAGAUUCAAUCUUUAAACUUGAAAAAGUGACCAUUAUUUUGUGUAAAUCCAUAAAAAUGUAUGGAACUCAUAGUAAGAGAGAUAUGGCAACUGAAUAUCAAUCUCAAGUUCCAAUUUUGAGGCCAAGUAUACAUGCUAGAAGGGCAAAAAUAACUGUAAAAUUUCAAGAUCUAUAUGGAUUUACUGUUGAAGGAAAUGUUGAUGAUGUUAAUGUGUUAAAUGAGGUUAGGGAAAAAGUUAGGGAACAAGGGAAAGUUUGGUGGGCAUUAGAAGCUAGUAAAGGUGCUAAUUGGUAUUUACAAACUCAUGUUUCAUCAACCUUAAAAACAUCCUUAAAAUUCUCAGCUUUGGUGAAUGCAAUUACACUUAAGAAGCUAAUUAGGAAAGGUAUCCCACCUGUUUUAAGGCCUAAGGUUUGGUUUUCACUAUCUGGAGCUGCUAAGAAGAAAUCGACCGCCCCGGAAAGUUAUUAUGAGGAUUUGACGAAGGCUGUACAGGAUAAGGUUACACCUGCAACUAAACAGAUUGAUCAUGACCUUCCGCGAACCUUUCCUGGUCAUCCCUGGUUGGACACUGCUGAGGGUCAUGCUGCCCUUAGACGGGUCCUUGUUGCCUAUUCGUUCCGUGAUUCUGAUGUUGGCUACUGCCAGGGAAUGAACUAUGUUGCAGCAUUAUUAUUGCUGGUGAUGAAAACUGAAGAAGAGGCUUUCUGGAUGAUUGCUGUCCUUCUAGAGAAUGUCUUAGUCAGUGACUGUUAUAAUAAGAACUUAUCUGGAUGCCAUGUCGAACAAAGAGUGUUCAAGGAUCUAUUAAACAAAAAAGCUUCAAGGAUAGCCGCUCAUUUGGAUGCGCUGGAGUUCGAUGUUUCUCUUGUUUGCACCGAGUGGUUUCUCUGCCUUUUCGCAAAAAGCUUGCCUUCUGAGACGACCUUGCGGGUCUGGGAUGUCCUUUUCAAUGAAGGUGCAAAUCUUCUAUUUCAUGUGGCAUUGGCAAUUUUUAAGAUGAACGAAGAAGAGUUGCUGACGGUCCAUCAUGUUGGGGAUGUAAUUCAUAUCAUCCAGAGAUGCACACAUCAACUUUUUGAUCCUGAUGAGUUGUUGACGGUUGCUUUUGAUCAAAUUGGUUUUAUGACAACCACUAAUAUAUCAAGACAGAGGAAAAAGCAGGAACCGGCGGUUAUGGCAGAGCUUGACCAGAGACUAAGGCGGUUAAAUUCCAUAAGCGCGGGUGACGAACAGUAGUGUAUGAAAGAAACCUAGUAAUUGUAGUAUAUUAUAUAUAUACACCCAUAUGUAUCUCUAUCAGGGCAUGCUGCCCUUUUAGGAAAUCAACCCUUUUGUUUGCUCAUAAAAGCAAUGAGUUAAACAGCAGCUUGGAGGGUCUUGUGUUUAUUUAUUUAUGUUGUAGAUCUUCAAAGAUGUAAAUUUGAACUGUUGUAUACUAGUUCUUCAUUCUUUCCCCUUGUUAACUUAUUGAUCAGUUUUGCGUA